CAGCAAUGUCUACGCGUUGCACGAAGCUUACGUCGCGUUUGAUUAGUGUUUUGCCAGCGAAAUUUUAGUCGCUCUUCGCUUUGGGUUAUCGGCUUGUUUACUACUUUGGGAGUAUGAAACUAUUACGUUUAUUCAGAAAUUUCUGGACCUUUCCGGACCAAAUCCAAAUUUCCACCAUUGCCUUCCAUGGCUUGAUUCUAACCACGGGAGAAAGCGAGAAAUAGAUUUGCCGCCAUUUUCUUUGGGAGUCUCUCGAUUCCAGUCUCAAUCCCUAACUAGCCAUGCCUGGUCUGUCCUCCUACCUAACUCCACUGCGUCCUUAUGGCUCUCCUGGUCCAUGGUUGCCACUGGCUGUGGUUUCCCGCACAUUGUACCGGAUCCUACACGACUUAACAUCUGUUUUUUACCAAGGCAUUUUCCCAAACUAAUCAUAAUCUGUUCAAGAGAAAUGUAAUUGGUAAGGUAAACUUGAUUUUUUCAAUGUAAAAAUUAGUUUUUUUUCCGUAUUAGAAUAAGUAACUCAUAGAAUUAAAGAAAUUGGUAUAACCUACAACCAAACUAACUUAACAUUAACUGUACUUUUCUUUAUGAUUUUGACAUUUGAUUUUCAUUUAAAGUCCAAUAAGAAAAGUAUGGCAGGUAGUCGUGUAUUUAUCGGACGUUUAAGCAACCGUGCCACUGAAUCCGAUGUGGAGAGAUUCUUCAAAGGGUUCGGUCGAAUUCGGGAAGUCAAGCUGAAGACUGGAUAUGGUUUCGUCGAGUUUGAAGAAAACCGUGACGCAGAGGAUGCUGUGUACGAGAUGAACAACCAGUCUCUGUGUGGAGAGCGUGUCACUGUGGAGCACGCAAAAGGUACUCCAAGAAGAGGAGGAGAUUUCCGAGGAGGUGGAUCAUACGGUCGUGGUGGAGGCGGUGGAGGAGGAAAUUAUCGGGGAUACGAUAAUAACUACGGAGGAAGAAACGGGGGAGGUUUUAGAGGAGGAAGGGAUGAUCGUUUUGGGGGCGGGAGAGGUUCUGGGAGAUUUGGUCCUCCCUCUCGCACCAAGUAUCGGGUGAUUGUGGAGAACUUAUCUUCAAGAGUGAGCUGGCAGGAUUUGAAAGAUUAUCUUCGUCAAGCUGGGGAUGUUUCCUUUGCUGAAGCUCAUCAGUCCGUACAAAACGAAGGAAUUGUUGAUUUUGCAACUUACGAUGACAUGAAGGCUGCGAUUGAGAAACUGGACGACACAGAGCUUAGUGGCAGGAAGAUCAGAUUGAUCGAGGAUAAACCUGCAUCCAGGAGCAGAAGUCGGAGCAGGAGUCGAAGCAGAAGCAGAUCCAGGAGUCCCAGAAGAUCUCGUUCCCGAUCCCCAUACGCAGGCCGAUACAACCGUCGCAGUCGUUCAGAUUCAAGGUCACCUUCCCGAUCACCCAAUAAUAAUUGAACAUGACAAAUAAAAGAAAAGUUGUGACUCAGUAUGCAACUGCCUAUUUUACAAAAUGGCAUUGCUACUUUUUACAUCGUGUAUUGGUUGUAAAGUAAAUUUUGACAAAUUAUUCCUGCCAUAAAACAUCCAAUGUUUUAGUUUUGAGAUCCAUAUCUUAAUCAGACACAUUUUCCUGCGUCUCCAAAUGUUAAAAAAAACUGUUGAAUGAUUUACAAAUAUGUAUGUGCUUUUGUUUUGACAUGUAUUUUCUUUGGUUUUACAAUUUCAAAUUCUUAUGUUGGCGAUAGUUGAUAACUGCUUAUGCGGAUGUAAAAUCUUAUUUUAUUAAGGUGUUAUCGUAUACAUACAACUUUAGUUCUCAGUGUGCAUUGCAUUGACAAUAAAAAUAUUUCAAACUAGAAACUUCUCACAUCUGUAAAUAUAAACGUACCAGCUAAGUUAACUGUAACCAGUAAUUGAUGUUUGGUUUAAAUUGUAGA